UCUUCAAUCCCAUACUCUGUGGAGCACGCCUCUUGCAGCAAUGGGCGGUCGACAUGUACGUCAAGAUUGAAAGUUGUCGGUUGAGGUGGUACAGGAAAAACCAGACGCAGAUUCGUGCCGACUUGUAUAAAGGAGUUGUUGAUGCAAUCACAUCGGGGGAGACGCGAGCAAGCGCUGUUGGGGUAAGAAUAGUGCUCCCUGGAACAUACCCUGGUGGCGACCGCGACAUGAAGAAGAGGCAUAUGGAUGCCAUGGAAAUUGUCCAUACAUAUGGGAAGCCUGACAUCUUCUUGACCAUGACUUGCAAUCCUAAAUGGGAAGAGAUAACGAAUGAGUUGCUGCCUGGUCAGACGGCGCAAGACCGACCUGAUAUUGUGGCUCGCGUGUUCUACGGCAAGCUAGAGGCUAUGAAGGACAUGUUGUUCAAGAAGCAUAUCCUGGGUGUUGUUGUCGCAUAUGUAUACGUAGUCGAGUUCCAAAAAAGGGGCCUCCCCCACACACAUUUUUUGUUGAUCAUGGACUCUAAAUAUAAGCUUAUCGUCCCGGAGCAGUAUGACCGACUCAUUUCCGCAGAGCUCCCAGACAAGCAUAAGUAUCCGGAAUUGUAUGCUAUGGUGGUAAAACAUAUGAUGCACGGACCAUGCGGUGCUCUCAACCCGAAGAAUGUUUGCAUGCAAGAAAACAGAUGCAAGUGCAGAUACCCAUGGCCGUUCAAUGAAAACACAUCACAGGGGAAGGACUCAUACCCAAUUUAUCGGCGUAGAGACGAUGGAAGGCGUGCUAAGGUCCGAGGGAAGAUGUUGGACAACAGAUGGGUUGUGCCUUAUAACCCAUACCUGCUGCGGAUGUUCAAUUGCCACAUCAACGUUGAGGUCUGCUCUAGCAUAAAGGCCGUCAAAUAUCUUUACAAGUACAUUUACAAGGGCCAUGAUAAGGCUUCUUUCAGCAUCGACCAUCCCGACGCCGAUGGUAACAUUGAUGAGAUCAAGAGAUACGUUGAUGCAAGGUGGAUCACCCCUCCGGAGGCUAUGUGGAGGAUAUUUGGCUUUCCACUUUGCGCCAAUUACCCGCCUGUCUUGCAGUUGCCUCUUCAUCUCCCGAAUAUGCACAGGGUCGCAUUCAAUGCGCAGGCUGACUUGAAAAAUAAGAAAAAGAAGUUUUGGAAGCCGCGGGUCGAGCGUUUUCAAAUAGGUCGCAUCGUGUCUGCCAAUCCUGCCGAGGGUGACCGAUACUACCUGCGUGUGUUGCUAAACCAUGUUACGGGCAAAACAUCCUUCGACGACUUGCUCACCGUGGACGACGUUCUAUGUGGGAGCUUUAGAGAAGCUGCUGAAAGGUUGGGACUCAUCGAGGCAGACAACACGCUCGACAACUGUCUUACUGAGGCUGAGCAGUGGGCGAUGCCAUGUUCUCUUAGGAGGCUCUUCGCAACCAUCUUGGUGCACUGCGAGCUAGGCGACGUGCGUGGUUUAUGGGAUAGGCACCUCGAUCCUAUGUCAGAUGACUAUCGUCGAUCACGCACGUCCCCUAUCGAGGUGGAGCAGAUGGUGUUGCUUGACAUUAGGGGUAUGUUGCAGUCCAUGGGUAAAGACAUUGUUGAUUUCGCUCUUCCAAGCAUAGAUGAUGCGUUUGACCCAACCGAGGGUGAGGCAAGAGAGGUCAUCGAGGAAUCAACUGUUGAGUUUGACGUGGAUGAUACUAAAUUGGCAUCUUCCCUGGACUUGGAGCAGAGGGCCGCAUACGACGAGAUACUAGCGGCUGUUGAACGCGGUGAUGGGGGUGUAUUCUUUGUUGAUGGCCCUGGAGGUACAGGGAAGACCUUUCUAUACAGGGCGAUGCUUGCCAAGGUGAGGAGCGAUGGCAAUAUUGGUAUCGCUACCGCGACGUCGGGCGUCGCCGCUUCUAUCAUGCCUGGCGGCAGGACUGCCCACUCGAGGUUCAAGAUCCCAUUGAGUUGCGAUGAUGGAGCCUCGUGCAGCUUCACGAAGCAGAGUGGGACCGCGAAGCUGCUUAGGAUGGCCUCAUUGAUAAUUUGGGACGAGGCCAGCAUGACGAAACGACAAGCGGUCGAGGCAUUGGACAAUAGCAUGCGCGACAUCAUGGGAAUACGCGAUCGACCCUUUGGAGGAAAGACUGUUGUUUUUGGCGGGGACUUUAGGCAGGUGCUUCCGGUCGUCAGAAGGGGGUCGCGGGGCCAGAUAAUUGAUGCAACCCUACGAAGUUCUCAUCUAUGGAAGGGUAUGCGGCAGCUUCGGCUCAUCACCAACAUGAGGGCUCAUAAUGACACGUGGUGA